UCUUCAAGUGACUAAUUGUCUAAUUAAUUACUUUCACUUUAUUUAUUUUAAUCAAGUUUUCUCUUUGUUUUGCUUCCCAGGAAUGUACUUUGAUCUGUUUAGUGUUUUUUCUCUGUGCUCCUCUUAUUUGUAACAUCUUUUUUGUUUUCUAUCUUCAAUUCAGUUAAUCUUGAUUCUAAAGAGAUGAUGAUGUUGAGUUACAGAUAGAAAUCAAUUGAUUAUGAUUUUGUUUUAAAUUGGAAGAGAAUUGUUUUUUUUUGUUUCUUUCUUCCUUUUCCUCUGUUCUUCCUAUUUUUUGUUCUUUUUGUUUGUAAUGUAAAGAAUGGCCAGUAGAUUAUCUAUGGUUAGAGCUGCUGCUAUUCUUUGUUUUCUACUUUUUUCCAUCUCCCUAUUGAUCAUUGGCUACUUGUGUCCAGAUAAUGUUUGCUCUCUCAGUAACUGGUCAUUUUCGGAGUCAAGGUAUAAAUUAUGGACAAAAUAUAGUUAUAAACAUAUUCCAAAUCAUGUUGGUAAAUCUCUUAUGUACAUGGAAUCUGGUAAAAUUGAUCCUGGUGGUGGUGGAAUCACUGGUUUCAGUACAAGUGAAACAAUUGAGUCUAUCGAGUCAAUGAAAUUGAUGAGACCAUCUCAUCGAGCAAUUAAUCCUAGUAAAAAGCUUAAUACAAUGUCUUUCGAUCAAAUAAUUAAAGAUCCAAAUUUUAUGUUCGACAUAAAAGGUGAUGAUGUUAUGGUUUUUCUUCAUAUGCAAAAAACUGGUGGAACAAGUUUCGGCCACCAUUUAGUACGAGAUCUUGAUCUUGAAGCACCUUGUCAAUGUAGAAAAGGUAAAAAGAUUUGUAAAUGUAUCAGACCCAAUUCAGAGUCACGAUUAUGGUUAUUUUCCCGAUACACUACUGGUUGGAAAUGUGGAUUACAUGCCGAUUGGACUGAAUUAACUAAUUGUGUUGACAGUGUUAUGAACCAGAGUGACCGUUCAAAGGUUUCAGAUCAUCACUAUUUUUUUAUUACUCUACUUCGUGAACCAGUUUCACGAUUUUUAAGUGAAUUUCGUCACACCCAACGAGGUGCUACUUGGAAAAAUUCGUUGCAUCUUUGUGGAGGUAGACCAGCACUUCCAGAGGAAUUACCUUCAUGUUACACGGGUGAAGAUUGGACUAAUGUAUCUCUUCAAGAAUUUAUCGCUUGCCCCUACAAUUUAGCGAUUAAUCGGCAAACCCGAAUGUUAGCCGAUCUAACAUUGGUUGGAUGUUAUAAUCGAUCGAUUAUGUCGGAACACCAACGGAACACAAUACUACUUGCUAGUGCCAAAGAGAAUCUCAAACGAAUGGCUUUCUUUGGCCUUUGCGAGCAGCAGAAAAUUUCACAAUAUCUUUUCGAGUCAACAUUUAAAUUAUAUUUUCUUCAACCUUUCAUUCAACUAAAUGAAACUCAUUCAAGUCUUGCACUUGAUGAAUUGGAUAAAUCAGUUUUGGACAAGAUUCGUUGGUUAAAUCAUUUAGAUGUUGAACUUUACAAUUAUGGUCAACAAUUGUUAGCUGAAAGGUUACAAUUGAUGAAAACAUUGGACUCAAAUUUUACUUACAACUUUAAUCAUCUUGGAUUAACCAAUAUCAAUAAAUCGGAAGCCAAUUCCAAUCGAAGUCAAUUUAAUUUAGAUGAUUCUGAUGACCUUUCACCCGAAAUGCGACUCAUUCGUAAAAUGGAGCAAUUAAAAAAGAAGCGAUUGAAUGAUAAAAAAUCUAAAAGCUCACAACAAUUAAGUAACCAUUGAUUAGAUUAAUCAAUUUUUAUUGACAAUCUUUCUUCCUCUCUCUCUCUACUAUAAGUCAUCAUUUGGAUAACAAUUAAUUUAUUUGCUGGAAAAUUUUAAUGUUCACAUUGAUAAUUUACAAUUUAAUUGUUAAUUUAUAUUUUUUUUGAGUAUUUUCUGGUUUAAUUAGUGUUUGGAGUUUUCUUUUGAGACUAAUUGUUAAAAUCUAUGAGAAAAUCAAAUAACCCCAAUUCUUGCUAGGCAGUUAUUUAUAAUCAACUUUAAAUUGCACAAAAUGAUUUGUUUUUUUAUAUAAAAAUCAAUUAUGACAAUAACCUAAAUUGUCAGACCACAAUUCAACUUAAACGAUCUCAAUUUACAUUGUAUUUUGUCAACAAUUUAAUUCACAGUCUUCCAAUUAAUUGACAAUUCUUCAAUCAAGAAACUGAAAGUGAAAGUGAAUACUUUCAAUCAUCAUCUCAACAAUUAAUGCUAAUCAGCUAAUUGAGUUGUGACUCUAGUGCCAUUCAUUGUGAUCAAAGUGCUUCUCAUCAUCAUCUUAUUCAUCAUCUUAAUUAUAAUCUUUAAUUGUCUUUAUAUAUAUUCUAACAAUUAUGAUCACAAACUGAUCUCAUCUACUGUUUGUAUUAAUUUAAUUGAAAUUCAAUCAGACAACAAUUUCCUCUUUCCCAACUUUUUCAAUUGUAUUAGACUGAAAUUUAAGAUGUUUAAUUGAUUCAAUUUUAACCAUUGUCACCAUUAAUUGUGUAACAGAAUUCAUUUUGUAAUAUAUCAAUAAUAAUGAUCAAUCAAUUGCAAUAAAAAUCCCAUUUAUUAUAUCA